GAUCUUUUCCACAUUCCUCCUUCUUAUAAGAGCACUGUCACAUUAUCCUGGAAACCUGUACAGAAGGUUGAGAUGGGGCAAAAGAGAACCAGUGAAGAUACAACUUCAAGUUCACCACCCAAGAAAUCUCCAGCAGGACCAAAAAGGGAUGCCAGGCAGAUUUAUAAUCCUCCCAGUGGGAAAUACAGCAGCAAUUUGGGCAACUUUAAUUAUGAGCAGAGAGGAGCCUUCAGGGGAAGUAGAGGUGGCCGAGGUUGGGGAACACGAGGAAAUCGUAGUCGAGGAAGACUCUACUGAAUAAGACAUACAUUCUUCAUCAUUGUCAUGAGCUUAAUAUACUUAAAUUCUACUACUCAUUGGAUUGCCGGGGAUGCCCCUAUAAAAGGACUGCUGCCUUCAGCUAAAAACUUAAUGUUCUUUAUACCUUUGUAUGUAUGAUCUACUUUUGUAACAGACCAGGUUGUGUCCAAGGUAAAAACCACAAUAAUAUUUUUGGAUGCUUUGUCUGCAAUCUUGACUUGUUUUUGCAAUAUCCUCAUUAUUCAGACUUCAUAUUGUGAACCUUAUACUUUUAAACAUCUUCAUAAUUUGUUAUUGACAGUUGAGUCUGAAAGGUAAUGAAAUUCAGUCUAGUUCUGUUUGGUAAAGAUCAUCAGUUUUGGAAGGUUACUGAUUUCCUCUCCCCUCUUCGUGUUUUGCCCAAUAGAUGGAGAAGAGUAAUGGUCAAUCUUAUUAUAUUUUCAUUGUUUCUUUUUAAUAAAGCUGCUAGGCAGUGCUGCAGCAUUCCCACCUAGUGUCAUAAAAAUAAAAUACCAGCUUUCUUAAAACAUAGACAUGACAGUUCAUUUUUAGGAGGAAGUAAGUUGCUUUGCACUCCUUACUUCACUCUUCUCCGUAUAUUGGGAUAUACCUUUUGAAUAUGCGAUCUUAAUAUUUAAAUAGAAAUGCAUAUGUAUAUAUGCAUGCUGUGAAACUUGAGUACACAACCAAUCAAUAUUUUAAAUUCCAGGAACGGGUAGUCUUUGACACGGUAAUUGUCCUUUUUGAGGCUGAAUCCAUUAUUGACUUGUUAUCCAGGUUUUUACUCCCAGUAGAGAGGAAUUUUGAGUCAGUUGCACUUACUUGAUUAUUGUUAUUUAAACCUAAAAAAAAACAAAGGCUGUAUUUUCAGAGACAGAUUUGGAGAUGCUUGUUGGUGAAAUACAGCCAGAUCUGAUGUACAUAUAGGUUUCUACCGGAUGAGAUAGUAUAAUUUAGGAUUUGGAGAUUUAAUAACCAGGGCUACCCAGGAAAAAGUGUCUUGAUAACAUAAUACCAAUAAGUAAGGGAUGCUCUCUCAGUUUGCUUUUGCCACUUUCAAGAUUUUAACUUCUCAGGUUAUUAAUCAGAUUAUUGUAUAAGUUAGCUAAUAGAGACCUUAGAUUAAACAACAGAUGGGAGGUUUGUGGAGUGUCUAAUGUCAUGGGCAUUUUUAGUAGCAUAGACCCUUUGCUCCGCAUUUGAAUGUUGCAUAUAUUUUUGUUCCACAGUUAAUCUUCCCUUCCCAGAUUUGCUAUUCAAAUCAAAUGCCCAAAAGACUUUUCUAGUAGUUUGGUGUGUUUUAUGAGGAAUAGUUUGUGAUUCCAACAUAGGUGUCUUUAUUACCAUUACUCUACACUGGGAAAAAGCAAAACCCUUUGUUAGAAUUACUGCACGUUUGUGGGAAAGACAUUUCUAAAAGGCUAGAAUGAUACAAGUGAGCCAAGAAGUUGGUCAGCUUGACUAUGGAGUGGUGGCAAUAAUCUCUAAACAUUCCAAAAGACUAAGCUGAACCUAAGCUCCCUUGGAAUCUGAACACACAUAGGAACAUGGAAUUAUCACUUGAAAAUUGUGACAAGCAGUUCUGGACCUCUGAGGUAGAUUGGCCACUGGCCUAAAGCCAUUUCAAGUACAGAAACUGUAUCGGGACUACAGCUACAUAAAUUUGAACAUCAAGUGUAAUUUUUCCUUUUUCAUUUUUAAGCAUGCUUGUAAACUCAGCUGAGCAGAAAUGACUUGACUUUCUCAAGUCUGAUACUGAGCUGUGUUCCUUCCCUUACUACUUUCUUGUUUGCUUUCCCUUUCCUAAGGCAAUAGUGCACAACUGAGGGGUUUUUGCUUCAAAAUUUUAAAUGAAAAAUUUCAUGCCAUGGAUAUUUUUCUUUUGCAAGACACCUGUUUAUCACUUUGUUUAAAUGUAAAUGU